AUGGAAGGUUUUUUCCUGUCUGUCACGGGAUAUGGAUCCUCUGGUGUAUGUUUGCAGGCUCUCAGUCAACCUACCGGAAUUCUGCAUUUACCAAUUCUUUCUCUUGGAAAUCAAGAUGAUGGAAGUAAGGUAAUCAGGUCAAUUCCACCUGAGUGUUGUGUAUCAUCUUCACAACCAACACAGCGAGGCAGUGAAGAAAGCAAAGAAGGUGAAAGGGAAGAGGUUGACCCCGAGGAAGACAUGGUUGGCAUAGCCACAAUAUGGUUGCAUCAUUUGGAUGUGCAUGAGCUUGCCUCUAAUGAUGAUAUGGAUGAUGACACAAUGUGA